AUGCCAUCAACAAGAUGCUCAACCACCGACCGCCUGCGCAUCGUCGCCGCGCUCCUCUUCGUCCCAGCAUUUCCUCUGUGUCUCGUCCACGGCAUUCUCAAGCGCCAUCCCGUUCCAGCCUUGGGCCUCCUACCGCAGUUCUUUUCCGUCGUAGCUGCCGCCGUGAUACUAGGCUCGCAUCGCCAGAGUGACGACCAAGACGGCGAGCAUGGCCUCGAGGGAACCGCCCAACCGCCACAAAGGGAUGCCUUCCGGCACGUCAUUGUCCACCCGGUCGCCGUCUUCUGCUGUGACGUCGCGCUGGCUUCUGGGUACAUGAUCAUCUUGGUCCUCACUUGGAUCACGACCAAGGGCCCCUCGGGCCUUAGUAUGCUGGCAGCGUAUGCUACGAUGCCGCUGCUGGCAAGCUUCCUCAUUCACCUGUUUCUUGCACUCCAAGCCGUCUAUUGCGGCCUGGCGAUUCACAGCAUCGUCCAAUGGGUCGCCCAGCGUGCUGUGCCGCCAAACUGCCCCAACUGCAAUGUCAGCCUGCGCACGUCAUUCCCCGAGCUCCCCUGGCUCAAGUGCAUCUUUCGCCGUCGAGAUGGGUACGCCGCCAUCCCUGCUGCGGAGGCGGAAGAGGAUCGGUAUCGCGAUGACGUCGACGAGGGGGGCGCCAUCGCUCCUCAGGAGCCUGAAGCCGUUGACAUCAUUUCCAAGAGCCGCAAGGGGAAGGGGACGAGCUUUGGGGACGACUCCACCUGGGAGAGCUGA